UUGUAUCAAAUAACAAUGGCCUACGCCUACUGGAAGUCGGGUAAAAUCGACGAUCAUGCCGUGUUCGAUCUCUUCUUCCGUACGAACCCAUUCCAGGGCGAGUUUACUAUUUUCGCAGGAUUGGAGGAGUGUUUGAAAUUUUUAGACAGCUUCCACUACUCAGAAACAGACAUCGAGUAUCUCAAGCAUGCCUUGUCGCAAGGCAUCGAAGAUGAGUUUUUCGAAUAUUUAAGCCAACUGACGGCCAAGGACGUGACGUUGUACGCGAUCGAGGAAGGAUCAGUUGCUUUCCCGAGGGUUCCACUCAUCAAAGUGACAGGACCGCUGAUCAUUGUACAGUUGCUGGAAACUACCCUUCUGACAUUAGUGAACUAUGCAAGUUUGAUGGCCACGAACGCGGCCCGGUAUCGCAUGGUCGCCGGCAAGCAUAUACACCUACUCGAGUUCGGGCUACGGCGUGCCCAGGGCCCGGACGGAGGUCUCUCGGCAUCCAAGUACUCCUAUAUCGGUGGUUUUGAUGGAACAUCGAACGUGCUAGCUGGGAAGCUGUUUAACAUUCCAGUGAAAGGUACUCACGCUCAUGCCUAUAUCACAUCCUUUACCGGAAUCGACGAAUUAAAGACGCGCGUUCUUCAGCACAAGGAAGAUGGUACUACACGUGAUCUGCUCGAGCUGGCAAUGGAACAUCGGGUAGCGCUGGCUAGCGUACUGGACGUUUCUACCGACGAGAGCAGCGAAGGCGAGCUAGCAGCAAUGGUGUCCUUCGCAAUCGCUUUCCCGGACGGUUUUAUGGCUCUAGUCGACACGUACGAUGUCAAGAGAAGUGGGCUGCUGAACUUUUGUGCCGUGGCGUUGGCGCUCAACGAUCAGGGAUAUCGGGCGAUCGGUAUCCGUAUCGAUUCCGGUGACUUGGCGUAUCUAAGUUGUUUGGCGCGGGAAACAUUCGAGCGCAUCGCCGAGCGAUUCAAGCUGCCGUGGUUCAGCAAGCUGACUAUAGUGGCGUCGAACGACAUCAAUGAAGACACGAUAUUGAGCCUUAAUGAACAGGGUCAUAAAAUUGAUUGUUUCGGCAUCGGAACGCACCUGGUUACAUGCCAGCGUCAGCCAGCACUUGGUUGCGUGUACAAGAUGGUGGAGAUCAACAAUCAACCGCGCAUCAAGUUGAGCCAGGAUGUGGGCAAGGUGACGAUGCCGGGUAGCAAGAACGUGUUCCGGCUUUACGGAGCCGAUGGACACGCACUGAUCGAUCUGUUGCAGCGAGUCGACGAGAACCCACCCGAAGUUGGCCAGAAGGUCCUGUGCCGCCAUCCAUUCCAGGAGUCUAAGCGUGCGUACGUCAUUCCGACCAACGUGGAGCCGCUCUACCGGGUGUACUGGACCGAGGGACGCGUGGCCCAAGUAUUGCCCUCACUUGAGGAAGUUCGCGAGCGCGUACAGGCAUCACUGAAAACACUUCGUCAGGAUCAUAAGCGCACGUUGAAUCCAACUCCGUACAAGGUGGCCGUAAGUGAUAAUCUGUACAACUUUAUUCACGAGCUGUGGCUGCAGAAUGCUCCGAUCGGUGAGCUGUCAUGAUAAGCCGGUCUAAUGAUGGAAAUUCAUCUAUUUUCUCCCGAUGCUGUAAUAUGAUGCCC